CUUAUGAACUGAACCGCGGAUAUUGUGGCUGAAGCUGCUUUGAACGGUAAGUCGGAGAAAUCGCGGACUCGCAGUAAAAUAAACUAUAUACACAGGCAUCACCGUCGAACGAUCUCAUAACAGUACGUAGUGUCGUUAAUUAUCAUUUCUUUUCCGUUGGCAGACCGAUACAUGUUUCUUACACAGCUAGCAGACUGGACCCCUUCUUCUGCUUUCAGCCUCCAGUGAAAAUAAUUAAAAGGAGAUCAAUAAUUUCUUAGCAAAGGGAUCGCGUCCGUGUGGCAGCAGACGAGACAUUCCGCCGUUUCAGCUAUACCCUGUCAUGAUGAUUUGCGUCUUUGGUGCUAAGAGAUGCGCUUCUUCCGGUUGGUAGUCGAAUGCGUUUGGUCGUUGCAUCCGUUCUCGAUUCAAAAUAAAGUCACCGUAUACUCGACGAAUCGGGAGGUGGGGUUUGCGAGCUACAGCGGAUAAUGUCUACGUUAUUAUUCCGGAACGCUACAAUAUACGAUUUUGUUGUGAAGGACAUUGAUGGCAAUGAUGUAUCGCUAAAAAAGUACAACGGUAGGGUUUGUCUCAUUGUUAAUGUGGCAUCAAAGUGUGCUUUUACGAAACAGUACGCUGGUCUACAGGAACUCCAUGACAAAUAUUAUGGCCAGGGUCUUUCGGUUUUAGGAUUCCCAUGCAACCAGUUUGGUUCACAAGAGCCAGCACCGGAAGAAGAAAUCAAAAAGUUCACCUCACAAAACUUCAAGGUAACUUUUGACCUGUUCAGGAAAGUAGAUGUCAACGGAGACGUUACUUCGCCCCUGUACAAGUUCUUAAAGAGUGAACAGCAUGGCUAUGAAGGCGACGAUAUUCAAUGGAACUUUUCUAAAUUCCUCGUGAAUCGUCAAGGUACGCCGGUAAAGCGGUACGGACCAGCUGAUAAACCAACUUCGCUCGCUGCAGAUAUCGAGGAGUGUCUUCGAGAGACACAGUCGAAACUGUGAAUAAAUGAGUAUACGCUCAAUAGGCGUAUACGUAAACCAUAAAAGCAAAUUUGAUAAUGCCGUUUGCCAAGUAUUUGUUAUGAGUAACUAAAUAAGGCACUGUUGUGUACCUAAUAAGUUGCUGCUAAUAAAUAUUAUGGAAUGAUAG